GAAAUCUUAGCCUCUUUUGUUCAAUCAAUCAACGAACUGUGUUCUCUCCGCUGAUCCCUGCGUCUCGUUACCAGCGUCUUCGAUUUUCCUCUUCUCAGGAUAGGUAGGUAUUCUUAUCUGCUGUUUGUGCUCAGCUGAUCAAAGAACUUUUUCUUAGCUUCUUGGAGCUGUAAAUCUGGAAUUAGCAUUUCAACUAUGGCGCUUUAUGGAACUUCGUUAUCCUUCAAUGGACUUUCUUCUACUAUCAAGGAGUUUAAAUUUUUGCCUGGUUCAUUCAUCGGUAGCUUUCAGAAGUUACGUCAUGUUCAUCUGCCUUCAUUUACCCCAAACAGUUUAGUUUUUGACAAAAAUUUUGGAAGAGGAGACCAAGUGUGUCUUUUGCAUGGUCAAUGUCUCAAUUUGCAAAUGGGGAGACUCAGGAGACGACAGGGAGUAAAAAGUGAAGACUCAGAGGGCAUAUUGAGUAGUGAGAGCAUUGCAUUGGAUGAACAGACUUUGGAGGAGGAGUUACAGAAUGCUAUUGCUGAAGAGAACUAUACUAAAGCAGCAGAAAUAAGGGAUACUCUCAAAAACCUUCAGAAAGAUAGCAAGACAACAGUAUUUGGGGCAAACAGCCGGUUUUAUGAUUCAUUCAGGAAUGGAGAUCUUGCAUCCAUGCAAGCCCUGUGGGCAAAAAGGGAUGAGGUAUGCUGUGUACACCCUGGUUUGAAAGGAAUAUCUGGGUAUGAUGAUGUUAUUGAGAGCUGGAAUUUUGUAUGGGCUAACUAUGAAUUUCCACUAGAAAUUAAACUAGAAGACAUUAAGGUUCAUGCUAGAGGGGAUAUGGGGUAUGUUACUUGCAUGGAAUUUGUAAAGACGAAAGGAGGCAGAUGGGGAGGACAGUUUGUAACGAAUGUGUUCGAGAGGAUUGAUGGUCAGUGGUUUAUUUGUAUCCAUCAUGCUUCCCCAGUAGACUUAUGAAUACAUCAAUCUUUUCAGUAUAGACAGACAGUUUGCUCGCUCUUCUUCGUCGAUCCUUCUCACUUUCUAUGCCUGUAUGGCUGUAUCCAAGUUUGUUUUGUGUUGUGCUGAAGCUUCAUCCAUAUCUAAAGAUUCUCUGAAGUUACAUGACAACUUGACUGUACAAAUGAUCUGUAGUAGCUGUGAUAUUUGGAUUACUGAAUUUAUGAUGAAGAACCUCCUUCCUCAGGCAAAGCAAUGAUAAUGCUUCGGAUUUAUCUAGUCCAAACUUUGGUGGUUAAACCCUAGAAUGUUGAGAUAUAAACUCGGAAGUAAAAAUAGUUUACCCAUGUACCCAGAAAUAAAAAAGUUUACUCUGGUAUCCGGGCCUUAAUGAUAACUUGUUGCAAAAUAACUAGAUGUCCUGCCACCUCACAACAAUCUCCUUAUCUAGUUUAUUUUUUCUGAGAGUUACAAUGUUAGCACAUGCACCCAUCACUUGUACCUCUGAACACAUGGAAGUAUUUUAAGUAUUACUGGACUUGUCAUGAA